AAUCAGGUCGUCACAGGUUCGCUUCAGCCUCAGCAUCAUCACCACCACCACCGCCACCAUAACCUCCACCACCUAAAAAGGGCACAAGCCUCCAUCGGUGAUAUAUCGGUGUUAUCGGGGGGGUUGUCUAUCUGCCAUCAUGGUUCGAAAGAUGGAUACCCGGUGCCUUCUCGUCCCGAUGCUGGUGCUGGUGGGCUCCGCGACCUACUACCAGACCGCCGCAAAGAGCAUAGAGGAUGCUGAGAAGAAGGGGAAUUUUAUGGAGGACGAGAAGUGGCUGUCCACCAUUUCCCAGUACAGCCGUAAGAUCAAGCACUGGAACCGCUUCAGAGACGAUGACUAUGUCCGUUCCUGGGAUGACACUCAAGGUUCUGAUGAAAACGUGGACACCACAAAGGACCCCUGUCAGAAAGUUAAGUGCAGCCACCACAAGGUGUGCAUCGCCCAGGGUUACCAGCGGGCUGUGUGUGUCAACCGCAAGAAACUAGAGCACAGGCUGAAGCAGCCGGCCCUCCGGUCCCCAGAGGGGAACUGUAAGCCCUGCCCUGUGUCCUCCACCGGCCCCGUGUGUGGAUCGGACGGACGCAACUAUGCCUCAAACUGCAAGCUCGAGCAGCAGGCCUGUCUUGCGGGAAAAGAGCUCACCCUGGCAUGUUCAGGGCCAUGUCCGUGUCCACCCACAGCCCCGACUACUACAGAGUCCCACCAUGAGAGUUGUACUGGGCAGGAUCUAGCUGAUCUGGGCGAGAGACUGAGGGACUGGUUCCAGCUGCUUCAGGGAAACGCCAAACAGAACAACAACAACAGCAAGACAGCUGCGGCCGCCACACCCGCCCGGGUCAAUCCACCAUCGGGUCUCGACAGGGGCCUGGUGGCCAGCUGCAAGGACUCCAUAGGCUGGAUGUUCUCCAAGCUGGACACCAACAGCGACCUGAACCUGGACCAGGCGGAGCUGGCGGCCAUCAACCUGGACAAGUAUGAGAUCUGCAUCCGGCCCUUCUUCAGCUCCUGUGACUCCUACCGAGACGGCAAGGUGUCCACCGCAGAGUGGUGCCUCUGCUUCUGGAGGGAGAAGCCCGUCUGCCUGGCGGAGCUGGAGAGGAUCCAGGUGCAGGAAGGAGGCAAGAGGAAAUUUGGUGUGUUCAUCCCGAGCUGCGAUGAGGACGGGUUCUUCCGGAAGCAGCAGUGUGACCGAGGAGAGUGCUGGUGUGUGGACCAGCAUGGAGGGGAGAUAGCUGGCUCCAGGAUGCAUGGCAAGCCUGACUGUGAUGAUGAAGUGGUGUACUCGGGGGAUUUUGGCAGCGGCGUCGGCUGGGAGGAUGAGGAGGAGAAGGAGGCGGAGGAGGAGAACGCAGAGGAGGCGGAGGAGGAAGAGGAGGAGGUGGGGGAGGUGGAUGAUGGAGGGUAUAUCUGGUAAAGAAAGGGGAGGCCUUGACUAAGAGCGGUGUCGGAGAUCACCCACAGGAGCAUCUUACUAUGUUUUCUAGAUCUUGAUCUGGCGCUCUCUCUCUCUCACACAUUCACGCGCGCCCACACAAACAAGCGCACACACACAAACACACACACGCACAGAUACACACAGGCACACACACACGCACAGAAACACACGCACAGACACACACACACUAAGACAGAGGUAGUUUUUAACCUGUCUUCAACAAGCUAUGAACUUGGUUUGGAUUGAUAAGGAAUAUAUAUGGGCAUGGAAAGGAGGGAAAGGAACACAUAUUUAAAACAAAAAAAAGAUUGAUAAAGUAAGUAGGAGUGUAGAAUUUUGUCCUUCAAUGUUUGUGGAUCUUAAUUCUCUAUCAGUUGUAUAUUCCGGGGCUGUCUUUGAGCGGGGGACACAGUUUAAACAUACCAGAAGUAAAGUAUUGCUCACAUACAAACUUCAGAUAUUAGUGGGUAUAUUUUGGCCCUCUGGAUUCAAGCCCUCAAACGUUUUAUUUUGUAUCCUGACAAUUAUGAUGGGUUAACUGAAGAGAGGUAGGAAAGUGUAGAAAGACGAUGGGAUUAUCAUGGUUCCACCUUUUGAUUUGACCCUUUCCAUUUCAUAUGCUUAUGCUCAUGUGUGACAGUAGUGCUGUCUCAUUUACGACUUGUACGAAACAUCUCACCCGUGCGACUCUUUAACUUGUAUAUAACGUGUUUAUCGGAAGACCCUCACCCAUUGGUCCUGCCGUUCCAGUGGUUUGGAAGACUAGCAGAGCACACGGCUCACAUUGAAACAGUGUUGUAUCAUAAUGUGGAUCAACUAUUGUGUUUAGUAAAAAACAAAUAAACCGGUCUAUGUGGC